AGUUGCGCGUCUGACAGAUAUGGCGGUACUUCGUUAGCUUUGUUUCACCUGUAGAGUUUACUUAACGAUUAUGCCUACAGACCAAGUUUAUCGAAAAUCAGGAAGUCCACAAGCUUCUACUGAGGUUUCUUCUUUGCAACUAAAUCGGACUAAAAACAAAGAAGCACUUGAGAAAAGCCUUAAGUGCAGACGUUCUGUAAAGGAGUUAGUCAAUCAAGGGAUAUUACUAAAUCCCUCUAUUUCACACCCUGAUAAGGUUCGCCAAUUGCAAAAAGCUAAGACUAGUGAUUUAUUGAAACGUAAAAUUGGACAACGGCCGGACAGACAGUAUCUUAUCAGCCAUCAUAUCUUAAGGGACGAUAAGCCGAGGACUUCACCUUUCGUCCUUGAGCAAUGUUACAAUUUAGAAAAGUCUCAGCUAAAGGAGACAUUAGCCGCGAAGCUUAUUUCCAGACCUGGUUCAUUGGAGUUAGUUGAGAAAGGAGUUCUGCAGGUUGAUCCCGGUGUUGAUUCACUCAUCAAACAAGGUUCUAUCCAAUAUCCUAGGGUCGAGUCCGUUUCAUUGGAAAGGAUUUCAUGUGAACGACUACAACCUAUUCAAGAAUUGAUCACUAUCCCACCACCUCCGCCACUUUCAUCAACUACAAAGGCACACUGUACAAAUUCCAGCCGUGUUGUUUCUGGAAGAAGUCGUUUAAUUAGUUCGAAUAAAACAUCCACAAGUCGGGCAAUUCGAGACGACACUGUUGUUUCAAAAUUAGGUUCAUUGGUUUUUCAUCAGUAUUGUCCAGACUCAUCGAGUUCAUCUUCUCCAAGCCUAGCUAAUGUCUCAUCCUUUCAACAAAAACAACGAGUUCGGGAAUUACAACAGGUUGAAAUGUUACGUCUCCAAGAUACCGCACGUGCUCAUCGUCUAGUCGAACAAGAAUUGUGUGAGCGCGUAAGUACAUGUAAAAAGCCCCUACAUGAAGACACAUCCUUCAUGGAUCUGACUCCUAACACAUUUAAUAAUCAAAUGAAUAGUCAACUAGCAUUAUCCUGCACUUCCAGUUCAAUGUCGUUGCAAGUCUCUCCAAACCCUUCAAACUCAAUAGUUUGUUCUAAGAAUCAGAUUGGUUUAAGUAACCAACGGACUGGUUCUUCAAAAACGUUACCGUUGGAAUCUAAUUUUAACUUACCCAGUCUUGCUCAUCUUACUCUCACUCAACUUAAAGGGGAAUGCAAGGACAGAAAUUUACCUCGUGCUGGUUCUAAAAUGCAAUUAAUGCGCCUGUUAAAUCCAUAUCGCCGUGAAAUAUUGGUAAAAUAUUUUCCUAAUUCUGUAAUGAAACAAAGUGAAGAAAUCGAAUUGGGGAUAAAUGGACCUCUUCAGUUUUAUCAUAAUGCAAAUCAAACACAGUCUUUCGUAAAACGUCAGGACCAACAUCAAAAACGUUUGGUGAAUUCUGAGCAACCUAUGAUGGAUAUCGAUGUCAACUUAAAAGAUUUUGACUCAUCACUACUAUCCCAAACUAAACCUGUGAAUUUAUGCACUACAGUAUUUUCUUCAGGAUCUACAAUGCCAAAAGAUCUACAAGUAUACUCUGAUGUUGUUAUGAGACCAGACGGUUCCAAUGUGUUAUUUGCUCAACCUUGUGUCUCAUUAAGGCAUUCUGUUUCAGCACCAUUCUUUCCGGAAGUUUCGUCUAACUCGUCCUCAGGACACACAAAUCAUUUUCAAAUUCCUUCUACACAAGGUAAUAUAUCUUCGACAACUCUAAUACCGGUUACUUUCGUUAAUGAUAAUACAAUGAGUGAAACAGACCAAAUUUCACAAAUUCCUGUCUCAACAUAUGAAUUACAGUUUGUUCAACCUACAUCGAAACAAUCAUUUGUAUGCAUGACUCCAAAUGUUCUUUCAGACAAUCAAACAUCAUCCAAUGGAAAUCUUUUACAUCAUCAUCCAUUAACUAGUAUUCCGUCAUCGGAAUCUGGUUAUAUUAUCACUUCAAAUCAACGUCUCCCAUUACCCUUAUCUAUAGAUAAUAGCGUAUCAUCACCAUACAGUGAAUCACAGACGAUGCAUCAUACUUCUGUAAAUAACUCACUUGACAAUCAAUCAUUUUCCGUAUACUCACCAGUAGCAACAUCAAAUCCUACUGGUAGUGAAGGUGGCGGCGGUGGUUGUACUGGUUUUUCAACACCAUCGACAACACUUCAUCAAAUUGAAGAGAUGUGGUUAAGGAUUCGUCAAUUAAGACGUAAUAUUGAACAGACGAAAAUUUCACAAUAUAGUUCAAAUGAGUCUGAAACUUUGUCAGCUCCAGCAAAUUUAGAAUAUUUACAACAAGAACACAAUCGUUUAGCAGUACUUUGUCGUCUGCUCAUUAUUGAACGUUUAGAUACGUUGGAUGAAAUAAGUGCAAAUGGUACUAGAUUUUUUGAAUCAAACGAUUCGUCCAGUUCUGAUUUCAAAAUUGAACGAAAUUUAUUAAAUUCUUAUUUAAGACGACUUGGUGGUUCAAUUUUAACAAAUAGUUUAUCUUCACCCAAUACAGAAUCAAUCUUGUCAACUAAUUCUAGUUCGUUUUUAUUUGAGCAAUCGAGUUGUGGUCAUACAACGAAUUAUACUACAUGUAAUACAUUACAAACACCGGAAAAAAUGUUUUCUGAUUCUUAUCCUAUGACACCUGAGUCAAGAUUUGAUGAUCACGGAAGUGUUGAGUUUACGGACAUUACUACUACUAAUAGUAAUAAUAAUAGUAGUAGUCAUGAAUUAUUUAAUCAUGAACAACAAUUAACAUUAAACAAUAAUGAUAUAUUGAAUCAUCACUGUGAUGAAGAUGAUGAUGAACAGAUUUGUUCUGACUUGCAAAAUUCACCUGUUUCUGGUCAUUUGAAAUCUUGUGCAUAUGAUAAUCCACUGGAACAACUCCCAUCACCAAUGACUACAGAUAUACUUUUUGAAUUAUGGAAUAGUGUUGUGGAAGAUACUUCUGGACAAUCAAUGCUAACUACUAAUACCGUCACCACUACUGGUUCUACUAAUGUUGAUUCGUCUAACGCAACUAUGUACAAUAAUAACCACCAUGAUAUAUCCAUUACAAAUCCAAAUGAUUUAUCAAAUUUUUACUCAGUUCAAAGUAUGAUUUGUUGUUCAGUGUUUGCCUAUUUAUUAUUUUUUUUUCGUGUGUGUAAUCUUUUCGUUUUCGAAACUACUUCAUCAUAUUAUUGAAGUUUGAAAUGCGUUAGGUCAACAAGUUGUAUAGAUUGUCAGGUCCUGAAACAUGCCGUUUUUUACCAGUAGUUUGCCAUUUUUGUCAUGAAAAGGGAGGUAGCACGCUAUAUUUAUGUAAGAACAGAAGUUGCAAUUCAGUUAAUCCAUCUGCUAAUUGGUUAGAACUAGAUAGGUGGGAAGAAGUAUAUUGAUAGAAAUCAAUCAUAGAAUGGAACAAAUUACAAUCGUUGAUAUUCAGUUAACUAUUUAAAGCAUAACUAUAUAUACUCUCAGUAGUAUCGAUCAUCAUGAAUAAUAAACUGGGAAAAUGCCCUAUUUGUCUUAUUUUUCUGAACUCUGUCUAAUCCAAAAGGAAGGGUUGGCUUGUUUGAUUAUGUUUACAACUAUGUGUUUUCACGUAAGACGAUAAAAUACGGAAUUUCAAAACAUUAGCAAACUGAAAAGAGGACGUUUUAAACAGCGUUAAAGUAAGAGCAAUAUAGUUUGACAGUUAUAUGUUAGCCAAUUUUUUCGGUUGUAAAACGGUCAUAUUUAAAAGGUCUUUUGAGGACUUAUUCAUGAUUUUCAUCUCUAAAGUUUCACCAAUUUAUUCCAUAGAUGUUUAACUGUUGUUUAUAGGAUUAAUCAUGCCCUUUGGAAUGAGAGUGUGCAUGAGCGUUUUUCGGUGUUAUGAAAGACAGUAUUUAAUUAAUAAGGCUGUCUUGAGAAACACUUUAACAAACAAAGUUUUCGUACUUUAAGUAUGGAAUAUAGUUCCCAUGACUUUUGAGAUGGUUAAGAAAAGGAGAGAUUGUUAAAUUUUUCGUGAUACUUCAUAAUAAAAAUCAACUGUGUUUAAAUAACUAUGUCGAUUGUUGAUUGUAUAAUUUGUUCUCUUAUCGUGUUACUGUUUUAUUAUAAAUAUGCCUAUAACAGGUAAUAAUAAUACAAUGAAUUUUACAGAUGCAUCAUAUCAUACAGUUAGAAAUACAACUGAUAACUAUAAAAGUAGUGGGAAUAACACUACUUCAUUGUCUUGUUCUUUUAUUUCUUCCUCUCCCGUUAUUACGUCCACGACUACUACUACUACCACCACUUCUGCUAAUACUACUCCAUCUCCUAUUCCCGCUUCUCCUCCUGCUGCCUUGAUGAGAUCAAUAGCUUGUAGUACUGUUUCUCCGACUACUACUGUUCAAUCGAAUAUCAAUUAUCCAUCAAUGGACAGAGAUCAAUUGCCCGUUCAGUUAUCGGAUAGUUUAGGAAGAAUACCUGUUAUUAACCAUCGUUCAUCGCCAUCUAAUUUGCAAUCUAAUAAUUUUCUACAUUAUCCAACUUUUAAUUCUCAAACAUUUAUCCCAUCAUCCAAUUCAUUAACUCCCACUACUGCUUCUACUAUUAUGUUCAGUAAUCAUGGAAAUGAAAUGAAUCCUCAAUCCCAUCCGUUAUUAUGGUCUAAUUUAUCUCAUGCAGCAGAUAGAAUUUUAUCUGUCAAGAAAAGUAGUUCAUCAAAUGUGUUCAGUACUACUACUGAUCAUAUUAAUACUAAUGAUAAACGUGUCGGAUUUCUACAUUGUACUGAUAAAUCAUCAUCUCACUUAUGUUCAAUGAUAAAUUUCGGGUCGACUUCACAAAAUCAUAUACGACAACCAACUACAGAAUUUCUAACGGAUAUUUUAUUGACAUCGUCAUCAUCAUCAUCGUCAUUCAAUAAUAAUCCCAGCUUAAGUGUUGGUGAAUUAAUGGAUACAACAACAACGACAACAACCAAUACAGAUUUUUCAUCGAUUUUAUCAUUUCCUGUUUCAUUAAAUUUAAACUGGUCAAUAGGUACUUAAUUGCACAGGUUGUAAUGAUGACAGUGAUGAGACCUAUUCUUUCUGUUAUGCUUGUUGUUGUCACCUUAUUAAUGUCCAAUCAAAUUCACAUUUAAUUGAGUUCAAACCAAUGAUGUCUUUCAAUGAGUUUAUUUACUUACAUCCAUGUGAUUCUGAUACUCUCUCUUUCUCGGUCUCUCUUUAUGUGUAUUUGUCAUUCGAGAGUACAUUCUUAAUAUGUUUUUAUUUUUAUAGUUACAUUACAAAUAACAGCUCUAUAUUAUUUUGGCUUGAAUUAGUUGUUUCACGUUAUUCUUCUCUCUUCCCCUUAUCCUUUGUAAUUUUUCUUUUUAUUAUGACAGUUGAAAUAUCCUUAUUUACCUAUAGGAAUAUAUAUCAACAUUUGAAUGUAAAUGCUACACAUUAAUUUAUCAACGAGUCUUUUGAAACAAUUUUAUUUAAACAUUUUGAUCUGAAUAAAUGCUGAUUGUUAUUUCUGCUUCAAUAGGUAUAUUUAUUUAUUGUACAUUUUAGUGCUUACAUCUUGUAUAAAAUCAAUAAAAUAUACCAUAUUGUUAACGAUUCCACAAACUUGUCGCUAUUAUAAUUUACACUAUUUAUCUUUUUGCUCUAAGUUUUGUACAUGUCUAUAAUGUGAAUAAUAGUUAUGAUUAGAAUUGUUAUUUUCGUGCCUUAUCGAAUUAUCAGCUUAUAUCCAUCUAUCUAUUUAAUCUCUGUGUAUAUGAAACUUUAUUGUAAAUGUUUAAGGUAUUUCUUUUUUUCCUGUUUCUACCGCCUUUACUGUUCUCAUUGUUCAAAGUUUCGAUACUUAAAGCAUCUCCGUUUGCAGUUGUUGUUCAGACUGGUUAUAAGAUUGAAAGGAAGAGAAAGAUAGGGGUCGGUACAAAAUUCCUUGUUCAUAUGUUAUUUUACUUGAUCUUAAUUAUAACAAUGGUGAUUUUCGUUUGUAGGAAAAAAAGAACCACUUCAGCCCCAUACUUGUUUGUAUUUAUGUAUAUUCAACUGUUUAGUGUUAGCAUCAAUAUUAAUAGAAAUAAUAUUGUAAUUUACUUAGACUAACCAUUAUUUUCCUAAAUAUAUCUUGUUUCCCUUUACUUUCAUUUUGUUACCUAUUCAAAAUUGUACUUUUACGACAGCUUGUUUCUGGUUGGCGCAACUAAUCAACAAGUAUAUGUUUGCGAAAAACAACGCACACUAAUGAAUUGCAUCAUACACUAUUUUCAAUUAAAAAUACACCCAACGUAUGUAAUACUUUCUUGUUAUUUUAAUAAUAUGAUACUUUAUCCUGUUUUAGUGAUUUACUGCAUCACUUCAGAAUUAUGUACAAAAUCAGUAUUUUAUAAACUGGUCCAGUAAAAUUAUUAUUUGUCAUUCCUACAAUUUUUUCUCCUAUGUGUAUGUAUAUAUGUGUGUUUUUCACACUAAAAGUGUAUAACGACUACCUCUUUUCACUUUUUUUGCAUCCAUUUAAAUUGUUUGCUUUCAGUGAAUGUAUGAACUGAAAACAAGCUUACAUUAAAUCACAAUAGAUGAUAGGGUCAUUCAAAGUAAUCUGAUAUUUUACUUUGAAUUGCUUUCAAAAAAUUGUUUCUUCUUUUUGAUUGUGUAAUAUGUUAGCUAUGAGUUUCAGGUAAUGUCCGUUUAAUUUGAACAAGUCCUAUUAAGUUAUUGGAGAUAAUCGACAGGAAGGUCUGAGCUUUGGAUUCAUGUUCGUUGGAAUUCAUCGUCCACAAGGCCAGCCAAACUGGUUAAAAUAUAUUCAUUCAACUGCUUGGUUACGUUUUCAACUCUAAUUCUUACAUAGCGGAGUUUUAUAAUAAACCGACUACAUAAUCUUAGCUUAGAAUUUGCCUUUACAUCUGUGUAGCUUCUAAGUAAUUACUACUUUAGAGGAAGCAUUGCUUAAUUGAUCAACCAACAUUAAUUUUGUAUUGAUUUGAUUAUUAACUGUAAAGCUUAUACUAUUCGUAAAGAGCCUUGAUGAGGAACUGAUUAAAAAUAUAUUUCUUU